AUGGAGGUAAAACAGGCAGAUUUUUUUGAGUUAUUUAUUGAAAAAAAUCUAUCGAAAUCAGGAGUUUUUUUGGAGGAGAAAAAAAUUAAAUUAAAAAAAGAAAAAGCCGGCUUUGAAAAACCUAACAAGUAAUUUUUGGGCCAGUUGUGGUGAGAAAAAAAUAUUUUUCUUCAAAUGUGAUUUUUUUGGCUCUUUUUUUAAGAUUUCAGAGGCUAAAAAAAUUUAAAACCGUUUCUCUUCGAAACGCGCGGCUUGUCUGUGUACAUGCGCCUUUAAUAGAACGAGAAUAUUGGUCAGAUUUAAAGGAGCAUGCAUAGAAACAGGCUCCGCGUUUCUAAGAGAAGGUUUUUUCAACUCGGAAGGACCUUCUCUUCGAAACGCUUGAUCAUUCUCCGAGCAUGCGCCUUUAAUAUGACGAGAAUAUUGGGCUUAUUUAAAGGCGCAUGCACAGAGACAGGCUGCGCGUUUCGAAGAGAAGGUUUAUGUGGCUCCGAAGAAACUUCUUUUCGAAACGCGUGACUAUUCUCUGAGCAUGCGCCUUUAAAAUAACGGCAAUUUGAGGCGGAUUUAAAGGCGCAUGCAAAGAUACAGGCCACGCGCAUCGAAAAGAAACGAUCUGUAGCUUGGAAAAAGAGUCAAGCUGGGGCAGAAUGGACUAUAUGAAGAAAAAUAAAAUCAUUUCAGUCUUCACGGAGCACCGAGGCGUUCUUGAGAGGCUGUGUGGACCGACUCCUUCUUUUCGGAUUGGAUGACGACGUCCGGAACGUCUACGCCUCCUAUAAUUCACAGAGGAUCUGCCGGCAGACCGACAGGAAUAUUCUGAGGCUCUAUCCGUUGUCGGACGAGAGCGAAGUGGUUCGUUCAAGAUUUAAAAAUACUUUGAAACGUUGCUUAAGUGUACUCUUGGAGUUCCAAGUAGAUUAUUUUGAAAAAUGUCAAGUUUUUUUGAGGUUAGGCUACACCACCAGCUUCGGGAUUUGAAAAAAAGUGUGAAAAGGACAUUUUGAGCCAUUCCAAAUGCGACCACGGCAUUUCCAGCCAAUUAUUUAGGGAAAUCUUGAUUUUUCUUUUUUUUUUCAGAGCGUCUUUGAAGUUUACAAUAGUUCAAAUUUCCCAUUUCUCUGAUAAUUCCCAUUUUUCGGGCCUUAGGAGGGCCAGAGUGGUCACUAGAAGGGUUUGGAAAAAAAAAGCCCCUAUAGUGGACAAAAUAGAGCUCCCUGGAGUGGUCCCUAUGGCGGUUUGAAUAAAUAGUCUUCCCUUAAGUGGUCCCCAUAGGGUUUUGAGAUCUGACCGCUAAGCUCCUAAAGCUUGAGUGGUCCCUAUAGGGUUUUGGGAUCUCACCGCCAAGCGCCUAAAGCUUGAGUGGUCCCUAUAGGGGUUUUUUGAUUUUUUUUCUGAUUUGAAGGGGAAAAACUUAUUGGACAGCUCUAGAGUGGUCACUUUCCCAGGCUUGAGGGCCUCCUAUAGAAGGAAGUAAAGUGGUCUCUUAUGGAGAACCUACUAGGGCCCCUCUAGGGACCACUUUGGGGUUCUUAAGUAAGUUCUUAAGGGUUUUCUGAAGGAACAUUUUUCAGGUAACGUUUUGCUCCUGUGUCGGCGACUUUUGCAACGACAAAGACAUGCUUUCCGGCUCGAAUUCUUCCGAUAGACCGACUUUUCUUCUUUUAUCCAUCCUUAUAGCCCUAUUUCUCUUGAAAUAUCGUUAG